AGAAGGGUUGCUGUAACCGAUAACGAUAACAAGAAACUUGUACAUCUGCUGGUGCCAAUUUAUAAGUAAUUUUUCAAUUAAACUAACACAGAAAUAGCUUAAAAAAACUCAUUCAAAAUGUCAGCUAAGCAGAACUCUAAGAAAUCUAAAUGGGCACUCGACUUUAAUGUGAGCAAAAAUGCAGAUAUGCCUUCACCACCUGGCUAUAAUCCCACAGCGCUGGUGAAUCAAACUGAAGUGGUGCGUGAUCAGCGUUUGGUUAUCAAGAAAUCUUGGGAUCUUGCCUUGGGACCGCUAAAACAGAUACCGAUGAAUCUGUUCAUCAUGUACAUGUCUGGCAACUCGAUUUCAAUCUUUCCGAUUAUGAUGGUGGGCAUGAUGUUAAUACGUCCCAUUAAGGCCAUCUUCACCACACAAGUCACUUCAAAAAUGGCCGAAGGUGCCCAAGGCACUGGACAGCGUAUCGUUUAUAUUUUGGGUAACCUGGCUAAUGUCGCCUUGGCCCUGUACAAGUGUCAUAGCAUGGGACUGUUACCAACGCAUGCCUCUGAUUGGUUGGCGUUUGUGCAGCCGCAAACACGUUUAGAAUAUUAUGGUGGAGGUGUUUCAUUUAUUUAGAGUUAUUUGUAAAUUGCAUUUAAUUUUGCUUUAUUUGUUCAUUAGAUAAAAUUUGUUUAAACACAGCAUCAACUAAAGUAUAAAAUAUAAUAUUGUCUUUCGAGCCCGAUCUGGCAAUUAAUCAUCCAA